AUGAACACCAUAGCCUUGCCAUCAUCUUUCACUACCAUGCCUUCUUCCUCCGUCACAGACAAUGGAUUUUACACCGGCACUUUACCGACUCCCGCAGACGACACUGCUCAUAUAACGCGCGAUCGAAAAAAUCUGAUCAUUGGCUGUGUAUUAGGAGUCAUUUUAUUUCUAUCGUUCCUAGUUGCAUUCGUAUUCACAAUCAAAUUAUAUCAGCAACGGAAAAAACAAGCUUAUAACAAUCAGGAUCAGCUGGAAAAGACGUCCUUUUUGGUACUUGAUCCAGGCUCACAGUUUUCAUUGGCAGUGAAAAGAGCUUCUGAAGUACCAAGUUCUCCCACCUAUUGA